AUGAAUGAAGAAAUCGUGAGGAUCAAAGAAUCUCAUGGAGCGAGGGACCACGAUGGUUUAGGGUACAAUGACUUAUGUGUUAACCCUGGAGUAGAUCUACUAGAAGGGUACAAGGUCCCCAAGUUUGAAGUGUUUGACGGUGCCGGAAGUCCAAUGGCCCAUCUAAGGAGGUACUACGAGCAACUGGUGGGGAUCAGAAAAAACGAGGCGUUACUGAUGUGCCUAUUCAGCAAAAGUUUAAGCGGUGAAGACUUAGAGUGGUUUAUGUCUCAGCAGCCGAAAAGAUGGACUGGUUGGAAAGCAUUGGCCAAGGGUAUCCUUGACAGGUUCUCAUUCAACAUUGAAAUAGUCCCGAACCGGUAUUCACUAGAUCGAAUCAAACAAAAGAGUGAUGAGAUUUUCCAAGACUAUGCUUUUCAUUGGAGGAAGGAAGCUGCCAAAGUACAACCCCCCAUAUCCGAGGAAGACAUGGUAUCUUCAUUCUCUCGCACUCAAGAAGGAGAAUAUUAUACCAGAAUGGUGUCCGCUGUCAGGGCGACUUUUGCGGAUUUGGUAAAAAUAGGAGAAUCAUUGGAAGAAGGUAUUCGGACGGGAAAAAUUGCUGAAACUCUGACAUUAUCCGGGACUGCCAUGUUGUUGAAGAAGAAAAAUAAAGAUGUAGGCACAAUUUCUGCUGGUUCUGUUGCAAAAACAAUAAAGAAGUUCAACUCUAGGAAUGUUUUCUCUUCUCUAUCGUCACCAAACCUUCAGCAUGUGUUCUACGCCCACCCCCAAUACCAAACUUCACUUUCAAAUGUCCAACAUCAGUAUCAAACUCCACUCCCAAACAUUGAAUCUCAGUAA